AUGGUUGGAUCGGAAAAGUUGAAGCCACUAUUAAUCGGUAAAUCUGCCAAACCAAGGUGUUUUAAAAACAUAAAAACUUUUCCUAUGACUUAUCGGGCCAACAAAAAGGCAUAUAUGACAGCUGAAUGGGUUAUUUCAGUUAAUCUUGACUUCCAAAGAAAAAAUAGAAAAAUUUUCUUAUUUUUAGACAAUUGUACUGCCCACAAUAACAUAUCCCCUCUAAGUAAUGUAAAGGAAGUAGUGAUGCAGCUUUUAGACAGUCUUGAGGAAGGGGUUGAAUACAAACUGACAUUGUUUUCUGCUCUGAAUAUAGCCGACAAAGCCUGGAAAAAUAUAAGAAACCCGACAAUAAAAAAUUGUUUUCGAACUUGUGGUUUUAUAAAGGAAGAGGAGCAGUCAAUCAUGGAACCAGAAGCACCGUUUGGAUGGGACCUAGUUACACAAAAUGAGGAAAAUCCCGUCACUUUUAAAGACAUCGUCCAUUUUGAUGAUGACAUUGCUGUAACAGGGAUGCUCACUGAAGAAGAGAUUUUAGCUCCAACAGAAGAAACGGAAGAAGAAGAUAAUGUCCUAUAA